AUGUCCUCAUCGUCCGCUGCAGCCUCGACCUUGACACGACCGCGCAUUGCCAUCGCCAUCGUCUCGGUGCUGACAGCCGCCUCAGCUGGCUACUGCUUCUACCAGUACCGCCUUGCACAGUCCGAGAUCGAAGGCCUGCCGGGCCCUGGACUCCAUCGCAGCAAUGCCGUCCGCCGCACCCGCCGCCAGACUUUGGGUCCGGACGACUCCUCCGACGCGGACGAGAACACGGCGACGAAUGCCCUCGCCCCCUUGAUGGAGGCCGACGGCCAGGACGACGAUGACGACGACGACUGGUUCAACGACUCGUCGCGCCAGCGCACGGGCGAGAACAUUGUCACCCUACUUUUCCGCGUGUCCGAAGAUAAUGCCAGACGCAACGCGUACGUCCAUCGCGGCUGUCAGUGCAAUGGCUGCGGUAUGGUGCCCAUUCGCGGCAUCCGCUAUCGGUGUGCCAACUGCGCCGACUUCGACCUCUGCGAGGUGUGCGAGAGCCAGGGCCUGCACAAUAAGACCCAUGUCUUCUACAAAGUACGCAUUCCGGCGCCGCCUUUCUGUGCCCGCCAGGUCCAGCCGGCCUGGUACCCGGGCGACCCCGACAACGCCGUGCGUACACUUCCCAGGUAUCUGCUCUCCAGAUGGUCUAGUGAGACGGGCUUCGAGCGCGUCGAGCUGGACGCCUAUUGGGAGCAGUGGACCUUCAUGGCCAACACCGAGUGGAGGGAUGACCCAGAUGGACUGUGCCUUGCCAUGGACCGCAAAACGUUUGAACGCUGCCUGGUGCCGUCAGGAGGGUUCCGGCACGCGGUCCCGAAUCUCAUCCACGAUCGCAUGUUCGCUUUCUACGACACGAACAAGGAUGAUCUGAUCGGCUUCGACGAGUUUUUGCGCGGUGUCUCGUACAGGAAGAGGACCGACAAGCUUCGUCGAACCUUUGAUGGCUACGAUAUCGAUAACGAUGGCUAUGUAAACAGAAAAGACUUUCUGCGCAUGUUCCGUGCAUACUAUGUGCUUUACAAGCAGAUGCAUCGGGAUAUACUCGAAGGCCUCGACGAGCACAUGAUGACGACAACGGAGGCCCAGCAGCUGGUCAAUAGCCGCGCCCCCUUGAGCAGUCUUUUCGGAAGAGAAGGUAGGGUCCCUGCUGCCGAUCACUCAAGGCCAAUGGAGGGCAAGGUCUUCCGUUCCAACGGUGAGGUGGACGUUCACGAUGGCAAGGAUGGCGUCGUCAACGACAACAAGCCGGAUACGUCCAGCCGGGAGGAGAUUCUGAACGGGCUGUUCGUUCGCCACAACAAUCGAGGCAUUUUUACAGAGUCUUUUGGUCCUUCGUUUUCUCGACAGGGACGAUCACCCACUGCUGAGUCGAGGUACAUAUCCGGCAUCAUCAACCCGCCUCAGACCAUGGUGGACCUCUCAUCCCUCAUGAAUGGCGAUUAUUCUCAGCUGGAUGGUAUAAUAGCCUCUAUUCGCAACGACGAAGCAUUAAAUCGUCGUUCGGUGGAAGAAAACGACAGCGAGAGCACGUCUUCCGAGGAUGAUGAGGAAAGUGCGUCGGGGGAUAACCAAGCGAAUGGGUCUUCCAUCAAUGCGCGGGUCCCCAAUGGCUCUGCAGACCCACGACAUUCGACACGACAAAGUCCAAACCUCUCGAACAAUGUAGCCCCGACGACGGACAGUGCACUUCGAGCCCAAUUCCAAGCCGUUGCAGCAAGUACGCAGCGCUUAGGUCUGGACCGGCGGAGACGUGUUCAGGCGAGGAGACAGCUUCACGAAAGGUGGAAGCGAAGGCAAUUCUACCUUGAUGAAGAAGAGGGUGCACUGCCACCACAGGGCUGGAAGGAGAACGAGGAUGUGCUAGCCAACAUCAACGGCAAUGCUGAAUCAUCCAAAUCAGCACCAGCAAUGCUCUCCCCGCGAUCGAGAUCUUCCUCUAAAGUCCGCUUUGCAGAAGACACGGACGAUUUUGACAUCAGGUCCAACCCAUCCACCUCAUCGAGGAGUGUGCCAGAACGGUGGGGCGGAAUGGAAAUUCCUGACGCAGAGCGAGAUGCCGGGAAAGAGAUUCUGUACCAAGUCACUCAACAAGCUUUCAACGAACUCUUGGACGAAAUUUUCAAGAAGAAAGAAGACCUUGCUGUACGUUGUGCCGAGACCAAGGACGAGCGUGACAAGUAUCGCCAUCUUUUCGAACACCUCCGAACGGACCAGGGUUCAACGACCCCUCCAAUCCGCCCGGCCGAGCCCCCGAGCAGCCCGCCUGCUCACGAAAAGAGCCUCGAUGAACUGUUGUCGACAAGCGGCUAUAGUGUCAACCCACAAGAGGGUGUCAAUGAAACUCUGCCGUCAGUCGCAACCGUAAAUGGAGGAAGCACCACAUACAGCGAGGAGUAUGAUAGACCUCGUGAUGAAGCUACCAAGCAGCCAACUACUACAGCCGAAACACCCGCCGAAGAGGCAUUAUUAGCGCCCGAUCCCACGAUGCCUCAGUUUCGGCCAAACAAUGCUUCAGAGGUCCCACCCGUCGACACACACCAGAGCAAUGGCCUAGACUCACGCCUGGAUCGGGCCUCUGGCGCCAAACCACGGGCCAAUAAGACCAAACCGAAGCAUCAGCAGAAGGAAAUCCCGACAAAGCUAGUUCAGCAAAGCUCCCAGCUUCGGGCGGACGAGGAGACGAUACCACAAGAGGUACUGGAGGAAUGGAAGCAUUUAGACUGUGCCGAGGAGGAAGCAAAGGAUCGUGGUGGCUGGGGCAAGCUUAGCUUCGAGGAAUUCGAGCAGGUUUACAAGGAGCAUGAGUUCCACGACAGCAGCCGGAAUCGAUUGGACUACCUAGGGAGCUGGAUUGACUUCUGCAUCCCCUAG